CCGGUGACCUUAAUGGUUGCAGUGAUACUCACUUUAAGUUUACGGCACAUACACCGAUAUUUCGAAAAGGACGUUUUUCACUUUCGGUUUGAAAUCAGGACAGAAGGAUGGCGGGCAGACUUGCCAUUGCUGAGAAAAAGCAACUAGAAAGAUACAUCCAAAGUGGUCCGAAGAACUUUAACUUGCUAUACAGUUUUACCAGGAAUGGUGCAGAUGCAGCAGUCUUCCAUCAAAAUUGCGACAGUAAAGGCCCAACAGUUACCGUAAUCUAUAAUACUUUGGGAACAGUUUACGGGGGUUAUUCUGAGAAAAGUUGGAAGUCGGAGGGUGGCGUGUACUAUAGAGACGAACAUGCAUUCCUUUUCCAGCUACAACAAAAUGGAAAGAAUGUUCCUGCAAAAUUCUCUGUGAAAAAGCCAGAUAAAGCCAUUUACUGUCACAACUCAAAUGGACCAGUAUUUGGAGGUCAUGAUUUGAAUACAUUCUCCGGUGUGUUGCCAGUUCAAAACGACCAGUACACCACAAAUGGUAGUUUCACUUUCGGACAUUCUUACGACAUGGGUGGAAUUUCGGCUGAUCAGUUUACCAACAAAGUAAAAACCGUCACAGAAUUAGAGGUCUACAGCGUAUCUGAUUUGCCUCUAUUGCCCGUUUGGAGGGAGAUAGGAGGCUGGGAACAGCAGGAUUUAGAGGAAUUGAAGAAUGAAAUGGAUACUUGGUCACCACCUCAUGGGGUUGGUUUGAAAUUGGCAAAUAUUCUGUUCCUUGGUCCCGUGGGAGCCGGAAAAUCAAGUUUUUUCAACACUAUUGCUUCGAUUUUCCGAGGUCACGUCACAGGACAGGCUGUGUGUGGAAGCGCUGAGCAAAGCAUUACGUCAAAGUAUCGUAUGUAUCGUGUACGAGGUUCGGCCAUGACCAAGCCGAUGAAAUUUAAACUAUGUGACACGAGAGGGAUUGAAGAAAAUCAAGGCAUUGAUGGCACGGAGCUGAAUUAUCUACUAGAGGGCAAUGUUCCAAAUGGAUAUCAGUUCAAUCCAUCUACCCCCAUAUCGCCUGACAUAUCAGGAUUUAUUUCGAAACCAACAUUGAACGACAAGAUUCACUGUGUAUGCUUUAUCAUCGAUGGAAGUACAGCCACUGUUAUGUCAGAGAAAAUGCUUGAGAAAAUCAAAUCUUUGCAAACAAAAGUUCGACAGAAAGGCUUGUCACAAGUAGUUUUAGUGACAAAAAUUGACAAAGUUUGCUCUCAUGUAGAGGAGGAUGUGUCUACGGUUUUUCAAAGCCUUGCUAUUCAAGAAUUAGUUGAUAAGGUUUCUGGUAUACUUGGCGUCCCAAGAAGUAACGUGCUACCCGUGAAGAAUUACGAGAAGGAACUCAGCGUCACAAAUGACGUCAGCAUACUUGCGUUACUCUCCUUGCGACAGAUACUCCGGGCAACUGAAGAUUUCAUGUUCAAUCUUCUUGAUGUUUUGGACGACGAAAAGGACUCAGAAUCUUUGGAAUAGACAUGAAAACAACAGCAUGAUUAUUUGUUGGCAUUUAAACUGUACAUGUAACUGCGAUUAUUUUGCUUGUACACAAUUGUGUACACCUGUAUAUCUGCUGCACAUGCUUAAUUACACUUAAAUAUUUAGUUCCGGUAGGCAUCAUGCGUAAUGAGAUGAAAUGAGAAGAAAAAGUAUUCGCUUGAACUAUUCAGAGAAAAUAGUUUAUAAUAUAAUCAUUGUUAAAACUUUUCAAAAAUAGCAACAACAUAAUUUAGCCAAAAAAACUUAAGAUAUCAUUUUACUCCGUACGCUAAUUUUGUAAGGAUAACUCUUGUUUUGUUUUCAUAUUUUAAUAUCUGCAUUAUAACGAGAAAUUGGUUGGUGCUCAAGGCUGGAAAGACGAGGGUACCAUUGUAUCCCGAGGGUUUCUGAAUAUGUUAUGAAAAGAAAUAAACAUGCGCUAACGAUGCUCUAGCAAAAAUGUAUUAACUUAAAGGAACAGAAAUGUGUUCCAUUUAAGUUAUUGUCAUGAAUGUUUAUUGAAUCCACUGGAAUGUCCGUGUUGUAUGAUCUUGUUGUCGCCAGUUCGUUUUGAAUUAUGCGCUGUAGGGCCCGUAGACCAUCGAAUGCGCAUAUGUAAAAACGUGUUGCUCGUGAGAGCAAAAAUCUCUGUUAAAACACGUUCGCUCUCUCCUGUUCGAACACCCUUUGAAAACGACGAAACAGCAGUCUUAUGCUAAACUGUAAUUUUAUGCUAGAAUAAAGAUUCAUGAUAGAAUAAAGUUUUAUAUCUGGAAAA